CGCUCCAUCCACAGCCUCUGUCAGUUCACCGGACUGUCAUCCUUGGAGCGGCCGUCUGCAUCUCCACCUCGGAGCACUUUCUAUUUCCAUCGGGUUUCACAGGCAUGGAUACGAUUUAAGGCGAAGGGCACCACCGAACCGACUGCACUUUUCAUUUUUUUUUUCAAACAUCCCGUUAUCUCUCCCCAGCGGCAGAAUAAUAAUGAUGGAGUACUGGAGGCAGUGCGCGCUGUGGUUGAUAAACUGCAAGGUGCUCCCCGCUAGCCACCGGGUGACAUGGGAGUCUGCUCAGGUAUUCGACUUGGCUCAAACCCUCCGGGAUGGGGUCCUCCUGUGCCAUCUGCUCAACAACCUCAGACCCCAGUCCAUCAACCUGAAGGAGAUCAACCUCCGACCGCAAAUGUCACAGUUCCUGUGCUUGAAGAACAUCAGGACGUUCCUGAUGGCGUGCAGCGAGGUAUUCGGGAUGAAGAAAAGCGAGCUGUUCGAAGCCUUCGACCUCUUUGACGUCAGGGAUUUCGGAAAGGUUAUGGACACACUAUCUAAACUUUCCCACACGAUGAUUGCACAACAAACUGGAAUCCGGCCAUUUCCUACAGAGGAGAGUGUUGUAGACGAGGACAUCUACAAUCACCUGGAGGACCUCAUAGAUGAGAAUGAAGUUGAGGAUGAGGAGGAUCUGUACGACUGCGUGUACGAUGACGAAGAUGGCGGAGAGAUCUAUGAAGACUUGAUGAAGACGGAAGCCGUCCCUCCCCCGGCGUUCCAGAAACAGGCAGAGACUGACAUCAGGAGUUGCUGUUUAACAGAGAUCAAGCAGACGGAGGAGAAAUACACUGAGACCCUGGAGUCUAUAGAGAAGCACUUUAUGACGCCUCUCACCAUGUUUUUCUCCGUGACUGAGAUGGAGAAGGUGUUUGUGAAUAUACCGGAACUGGUUAAAGUACACAAAUGUUUACUGGUGGACAUCCAAGACUCGGUCCACCACAGAAGUGCCCAGAAUCUUUACCAGAUCUUCAUCAGUUUCAAAGAGAGGUUGUUGAUCUACGGGAAAUACUGCAGCCACGUGGAGACGGCCAUCGCCUCCCUGGAUGACAUCUGCAAAAACAGGGAGGACGUGCGCAUGAAGCUAGAGGAAUGCUCAAAGAGAGCCAACUAUGGCAAGUUUACACUGAGAGAUCUACUAGUGGUUCCUAUGCAGCGAGUCUUGAAGUACCACCUCCUAUUGCAGGAGCUGGUGAAGCACACUCAUGACGCCACUGAGAAGACUAACUUGAGGACCGCGUUGGACGCCAUGAAGGACUUGGCCCAGUACGUUAAUGAAGUCAAGAGGGACAACGAGACGUUGCGAGAAAUAGAUCAGUAUCAGAAAUCCAUCGAAAACCUGAAUCAGCCUCUGAGCAACUACGGGAGACCCAAAGGUGACGGGGAGGUGCGCGUGGCCUCGGUGGACAAACGAGCCAAACAGGACAGGCACAUCUUCCUGUUCGACGCCGCCGUGAUCGUUUGCAAGCGGCGCGGAGACAACUACGAAAUGAAGGAAGUGAUCGACCUGCACCUCUUCAAGAUCACCAACAACCCCACAUCGGACAAGGAGAACCGAAAGUGGUCCUACGGAUUCUACCUCACUCACAACCAGGGCCAGAGCGGCUUUGAAUUCUUCUUCAAGACCAAAGAGCUUAAAAAGAAGUGGCUGGAGCAGUUUGGCAUGGCCAUAUCGAACAUUCGUCCCGAGAAUGCAGCUAACAACUUCCACGAGUUUCGCAUGCACACCUUCGAGAGGAUCACCUCCUGCAACUCUUGCCACAUGCUGCUGAGGGGCAUCUUUAACCAGGGCUACUUGUGCUCCAAGUGUGGUUUGGGUGCCCAUAAAGAGUGCCUGGGUCGCUUUGGCAGCUGCGGAAAAACAGAUUCCGGCACCGUCAGAACUCAGGUCAAAGAUCGAGAUCCAGGUCUGCCCAAGAUGCUGGUCAUCAGGAACUACUUCGGCGCGCCGAGCCCCACGUCUGGCCCGCCGCUCAACAUCCAGACGGGUGACAUCAUCGAGUUAAUCUGCGCCGACCUUCACAGCCCCUGGUGGCAGGGCAAAAUCCUGUCGACGAAAGAGAUUGGCUUCUUUCCAAGCGAUGCUGUGAAGCCUUGCCCUUGUGUCCCGAAGCCUGUCGAUUACUCCUCUCAACCUUGGUUUGCAGGCCCCAUGGAGAGGCUCCAAGCGGAGGCGGAGCUCAUCAACAGGGUGAACAGCACCUACCUGGUGCGCCAUCGCAGCAAAGAGUUCACAGAGUAUGCCAUCAGCAUAAAGUACAACAACGACGUGAAGCACAUAAAGAUCCUGACCAAGGAGGGCUGCUUCUACAUUGCAGAGAACAAGAAGUUCAGGAGCAUAUUAGAGCUCAUUGAGUACUACAAACACCACUCCCUGAGAGAAGGUUUUAGGAGUCUGGACACCACGCUGCAGUUUCCUUACCGGGAACCAGAGAACGCUGCUAUGCGCCGCCUCAACCGAGCUGGUGGCAACACCCCAUUGCUCUGCGGCCUCUCUCUUGUAACUCCUGCCGGCUACAGCUUUGUACCUCCUUCCUCUGCUCCCUUCUGGUCAGUGUUUACACCCAAAGUGAUCGGCGUGGCGAUCGCGCGGUACGACUUCAGCUCGCGGGACACGCGGGAGCUCUCGCUGCAGGAGGGAGACGUGGUGAAGAUAUACACAAAAACCGGAGCCAACGGCUGGUGGAGGGGCGAGGUCAACGGCAGGGUGGGCUGGUUCCCAUCCACAUACGUGGAAGAGGGCGAAGAGUGAAAGGUCUGACAUGGAAAGAAGAGCAAGAUUAAAGAAGAGUGGCGCCAGUGGAGUAAGCAAAUGUGCACACACCGUGACAGAAAGAGUGAGGAGCGUCUGCGCCGCUGCAGUGUUACUUCUCAGUGGACGGCAGGCGGCUUCACUCUCCUCCUGCCCUGUUGCCUAAAACCAUCCCAGAGGCCUUUGGGUGACGAAAGGGCUGUAGUACAUUGCAGAUGCAAAGAUGCCCGAUCAUUUCUGGUUGACUCUGUGCGGCUAAGCGACUCCACCAACUAGCAGCUUGCCUGUCAGCGGGGCACAAGACCUCGCCAGACAACCCCCCCCCUCUCUUCCUCCGUCCAUCCAUAAUUCAUCCUUCACUCCCUGGCCCAGCCUGCUGCAACCCCCCCCCCCUCAACUCCCACCUGUUUCCGCCUGCCAAGUCGACCGUCGCCAAAACCUGUCAGGAGCAGAUACUCAAAUUCCAUUCAUCCGCUCAUCCAUUCAUCCCCCUCAACACCCAGCGUGGGAACGGAGUCACCUGAGAGCUGGAGGAGACCCGCGCCGUAGUAGAAGUCGUCGUUUCCUUCCCCUUUCAUCCCCACUCAGAUGAGGCUCGAGUCGGCUUUGACCUUGCCUGCGCGUUUGCUCGACUAAUGCAGGCGGUUAUUGAUGACUCGAUGACCCGCAUUCAUAAACAUCCACAGCCCACCUCUCCUCCCUCUUUCAGAUUACGAUCGGCACGCACUCUCACAGGAGGGAGGUUUGAGGAGGGAUAGCAUCGCUGCACAGUUGCCAGCAAUUGAUCGCUGUUGUUCCUAUUUUCCUUCCACCUCCUACAUUCUUUAUCUCCAAACCAGCCUCUCAUGUUUUUAGUUGUCUCGGGCGUUAGCGAUCUCCUGGUCUUAUCGGUGGCAGCUCUGUCAACAUGAGCCCAUUCGCAGAGGGUUUAUCUUACUGGAGGCAUUAGAGGCUUGUCAGAGCUACCUGGGAGCCACCUCCCCUCUUAACCCGGAGAGAAGAUAAGACAAGCAGAUGAAACACAAAACACAUAUUGCUAUUUUUUGUCUUUUUUUUUUUUUUUUUACCUCCAUAUUCCUCUGAAUCAUUUACAGGAAUGAUGAAUAUCACGUGUUUGAUUGCUUGCCUUCUCACAGAGCGCGCCAAUAUUGCACUGAGAGGCUGUGACCUCAGAUUUUUUUUUGCAACGUUUCCUCGAGACUAUGCAUCGGAAUAAUUUGUCAGACUUUCUUCAGGCUCUCGGUACAGACCUGGCCUCUUUAGCUGCAACUGCUGUUCAUGAAAAUAUUCUCUCAAAUAUACAGUUUUGACAGAAACUUUGAACGCUUUCAGAAAUGUUCCUCCGGUUGCAGUAAGAGGGGAAAAAAAAAAAAAAAAACGGAUUCAAGUCCAAAACAGUGAACUGUGUGUGUGGCUGGGAGGUGAGGCCGAGGACUCCUCAGCAGGUGGCGUAUGUGCAUCUUUCCCUGCUGUAAAACCCACUUUUCAGACCGCCUUUGUUUUAAAUAUGUACAUACGGACCGUUUUUAUUUAACUCACGACCCGGUGAUAUGCGUCUGCACAAUGAGCAACAGGAAAGCUGCCACAUCACCUGACCACAGAGUAAAAUCGGAUUCCUGUGAAGAUGGUCAAAACACUACUUUGAACUGGUUCUCUGAUGUCUUGAGUUUGAAGUUGUUCUUUGGCUGCAUUUUCAGUUUCUCCUCAGAUAACACACAGCAUUUUUCUUUUUUUUCUUUUUUUUUUAACAUCGUCCAUUGCUUCGCUUGUAAGGCAAACUGCUAAUUUAACAUGCAGUGUACAUAGAAUACAAGAAGUAAAACAGAAAGAAGCAGUGUUCCCUGGUUGACCACAUUGUUCAGAGUGUGACUUGAUGAGUUGUUAUCAGCUUCUUGCCGCUAACUAGGGGAUGCCGCUACAUACCCCCUCUCCCCAUGUCUUCAUUACAUUGGUACCACUGACUGUUGUUGCAGGAAUAUAUUUUGUGAGUGUGAGUAAGGAUGUAUUGCAAAGAUAUGCUUUUCUAUGCUCUUAAUGAAGCCAUUAUGUUUGAAAAUCAUUGAUAGCCCCCUGCUAGCCCCGUCACCCCACCCCAUGCCUUCAUGAUAUGUAAGACAAUUCUUUUUUUUUGAUUGUUCAAUUUCUGUACUGAAGAAAUUGUGUCAGUCUAAUGUGUUUCUUUAUCGUGACGCCUCCCUGUUCCACUACCCUAUAAUCAACAGUGUCUUCAUGUGACCACUAGAUGGAAGCAUCCUAAACACAGCUCUCCCUCUCAGAGCAGUCACCUUGGUGAAGUUUGGAGAUGACAUCAUCUGAUUAGGAGGUGAACCAUAUUUGAGGAAGCAGCAGCAGCAGCAGCCUCAGACAUGCGUCUGUGACUGGGAAAGAAAGAGUGUUAACGAUAAGACCAAAACACGCGGGAUCUGAUUGUACAAUAAAGUUACAUUGACCGCGAUAUCUUUCCCGACUUUUGCCCAACAUUUCCAAUAUUCAGGGAACUCUGUGUGCACUAAGAGGAUUUCUCUUCCCCUCCUUCUACCCACAAUAUGUGCCGCCUCUGAACAGUCAGACAUUAAACUUGUAAUGUCUUUAGGGUGCGAUCCAAAACCAGCCUCUAUCUCUAUCCCAUCUUGGAAGAACCGGAGAGUCAGAGUGGGCUUCUCUAAUCGCACACUCUGGUAAUCCACUCCCACUCACCCCCUCCUCCUCCUCCCAGAUGAACCCUGACAGCGGGGCCAUUUACAACUGCAGGCCUUCCCCUCUUAUGAGGGCGCCUCCAGACUUUUUUUUGUGUGUGUGUGUGUGUGUGUGUGCGCGCGCGGGAGGGAGGGAGGGAGGGAGGGAGGGACGGGAGGAAGGCUCAAGGGUAUCUGUGAUCUAAUCAUUACACCAUCUCCUCACCUCGGCGACCCCGCUGCAUCCAUCUCUCUGUCGGCUCCCCUCUCGCUCGCUCUAGCUCACCGUGUCACUUCCCUUCUCCGCCGCUCUUUACUGCUCUCUUUCUCCAUCUAUCUUUCAUCCAAUCUCUGUCCUCUCAGUUUCUCUCUGUAUUCUGUCCCUCACCUCCACGCUCUGUAGGCUGUAACCGCCGCUGCUGUAUGUUGCCGGGAGGAGAAUGGUAGAUUUAGGGAGGAGGGAGGCGGCCUCGAAACAAUAGUUUAACCACAAAUGAGUAGACUUUGAUAAUACAAUUAAUUUUUAAAAAAUGGCUCUCACCCUCGUGACCUUAUAUAGCGGCAAGGAUUUGGGGCUCAACAGAAAACAUACACGCAGAAAACAUGCCAUAGCAACGCACCUCCUCUAAUUUAUUUAGCCCUCAGCGCUCCCCUCUCUGUGUCUGUGAUUUGUAACCCAGAUGAAGCCAAAGAUGUAUGCUGUACUCGCCGUACGCUCAGUGUUAUGUCUCAUAACCACGGUACCCGACCGCUGUGGCCUAACUCUAAAACCGUGCAAUCCUGACUGUGUAGCAUAACUGUGUAUUGUUGCUGUAUCAUACUGUAAAUGAUGUACAUAGCACAUAAUAAAGAUAUACACUGCUUCUUCUAAUGA